AUGAGUACAGGCACGGAUUCUCGCAUUCCAGAGCCACCCAAAAACCAGCCUUCCUACCACAACACUGACUCGAACUGGACGGAUGUUGAUGACUGGAUCGCACGAGCAACCGAAGCUCAAAACCAAGAGUAUGCAAAAAAUGCUGGUCGCACAGAAAACAUAGCUGAAACUAUUGAUCAAAUUGAAACUUAUAUUCUCACAACGGCUUUUGGCACUAACGGUGUAAAGCAGUGCUGCUUGACUGUAAGCUUGAAAUUUUGGUACAACCACGUUUAUCGCUCAAUAGCUGCAAAAAUUAGGAAAAGAAUGCAGAAACAUGCUCGAUCGACAACUGUUAAAUUAAAUGCAAUAUUUGUUAUGGCACUGUUGAAGGACAAAGUGAAAGACGAAAAAACAAACAAAAUGAAAAAUGCUGAAACUACUGUGCCAGUAUUUUAUUUCAAAAAUUCUGAUGGCAAAUUCAAAUACAUCGAUUUGUUCGCUAGAGUAUACAACGACUGGGCUGCUUAUUUAACUGAGAACUGGAUCGAUCCAGCUUUGAUGUGUUACCCCAAAGAUGGACAUUAUGGCCAAGAACAGAAAACAGAUAAACCAACGUUUAACCCUGAUGUUUUGCCCGAUCUUGAUAUAGAAGAAUCGCCUGCCUGUGGCGUGCUUCGAACUGGGGUACGUUGGACCCAGAAAGCGCUAGCGGUAGUAACUCCAAUAUUGACGGUUGCUUCUGUUGUUGGCAUUAUUCCUGGAUUAAAAAACAUGAAAUGCAUUAGCAAGUUGAGCCCCAUGAUUCAAAACACAAAUAAAUAUUAUCGGUAUGUCAACUUAGCAUCGACAAUCACGUUUUCACUCGUUAGCAUCGGCGACAAAAUGACUCAUGGCGGUGAUUGGACGGAUGUGAUUGCGGAAAUCACUGUCAUCGUAGCAUCGGUCCUUAAUUCUCUUGGAGAUGAUUUAACAAAGCGAUAUUUGAAAGGAAAAAUUGCCGCAGGACAACAAGAAUUGACUGCUGCACAAACUUUUUGGUUCAACCUUUUUGCAUGGUCUCGUUGUGCUUCCACAGUCGCCGGUGUUUUGACAACUUUGUAUGUAAUGAUGUACAAACCAGAAUGCUCAGCUAUGGAUUAUUUCUUAUUGGCCAGCUCUUUGUACAGUUGCUACGGUACAUUGACAUCUCCAAAAUCAGCACAAGCGAUCUUCAACCAAGUUGCCGAACAGAACAAAGCUACUAAAACGAAAACGGAAAAUAAUCAGUCUGCUGAAAAAGACAAACAUAAUACGGAUUCUGACACCUACAAGGAUCAACAUGCAGAUGCCAAUAGGAAAAAUGAUAACGCAGAUGCUGGUAACAAUGUUGAUAAUGGAGGUCAAAAAGAGCCGCUUAACGAAGAGCUCAUUAAAAAACGUGAUGAAUUGGCAGAAAAGAUGAAAAAAGCUGAAAACGACGAGCUCAUUAAAGAACGUGAUGAAUUGGCAAAAACGAUGAUCAAAGAUGAAAACGACGAAGCAGGAAAAGCAGCUUAUAAAUACUAUGAGGACAACUUUGUGUUAGCUUUCAAAAACACCGAAAAUGAAUAUGUGAUGAACAAGCAACUUGUUCGAAUGAUGCAAUAUGCACCAGACAUCCGUGAAAUGUUUUGUGAAAUCGCAUUAACGGAAACGACGUUGGAUAUCAAAGACGGUAUCUUGCUCGUCAACGGUCAACUCAACAUUGACGGAGCUUCUUUGGCUCAAGUUCAUAAUCCUGUUAAUAAUGCAGAUGUUGCUGAAAGAUUGAAAAAGAAAAUAGAAGGUGCUGAUCCUGGAGUAUAUCAAAAGGGAAAUCAAACAGAUCGAGAAAUCCUAUUUCAAAAAAUGAACGAUUUCAAUGUUCUUUACACAAACCAGACAACGGAUGCACAGCGUCAAGUUGAAGAUGAAAAAUUCAUCAAUAGCAUACAACAUUUUGCAACAAAAAAAAUGGGAUACCGAUUCUUCUUUGAAGCUGAUGCUCGAAACUUUGAAAGGCAAUUUCGCAACGAUAUAGGAGUAACAUUGGAUGCAUAUGUAAUUGACGGCAAGAAAUUACUCGAAGGCAUGAGUACAGCAGAUAAACAGCGACUACAUCAACAGCUCAACAAGCUUGGUGUCGGUGUUCUAAAUCCGGCAACGAAAAAACAAGAGAUGAAAUACAACCCAACGCUGUUUAAUGCUGCUAUGAAACUGGCUAAUGAAAGAGGGUGCACGUCGGUGAGAGAUCUGGCUUCAUACAUUGGCAUUAUGGAACAUGAAAGUCGAAUUAGUAAUGUGGACAAAAAUACAUUCUUAAAUGAUGUUAUCAAUGGAACAAAUAAUAGAUUGGGAACAAUUCAACAAAAUAUCGAUGCACUCAUACCAUUGGUGGAGAAAAAUAUGGAAGGCAAUAAAAAUCAUCGAGGAUUCCACAAUUCGCUUGAAGCGUAUGAACAUUCAAUGCAGCAUGUAAAACAUGCAAUAAUGUCAAAUGGUGCUGCCCGAUGGCCACUCGCAGAAGUGUAUCUUAACGAUCCGCUCCCAUCAGUUACAAAUCCACGCUGGAAUCAGUGGGGAACAAAAGAAGGGAAUAUCAGACGCUAUUAUGAUCCACCUGCACCCGUACCAGCACCUGCACCUGCACCCGCACCCGUACCUGCACCAGCACCUGCACCUGCACCUGUAUCUACACCCGCAUCCGGAUCUGCACCCGCACCCACAUCCCACCCCUAA